AUGAAGAGAAAGUCCACUGAAAAUGACGAAAUUGUCCCUACUCCGGUCAACCACGGCGUGCGGUGGCAGCGAGGGCGGCUGAUCGGAAAAGGAAGCUUCGGGUCGGUUUUCAUGGCGUCUUUACGGCGACCCAUCUCUAAAUUCAGCAUUUUUCCUCCGGUGAUGGCCGUCAAGUCCGCAGAAGUCUCCGAUUCCGAAACCCUACAGAAGGAGAAGCAAAACUACGACAACUUGAAACAAUGUGAUUCGUUGAUCAAAUGCUUUGGAGAAGAGAUCACCACCGACGAGAAUGGCCAGAUGAUUUAUAAUCUGCUUCUCGAGUUCGCCACUGCCGGAACCCUAGCCGAUCAAAUCAAGAACACAGGUGGAAAGGGUUUGGAGGAGAAGGAAGUUUGGAGCUACACAAGAUCAAUAAUCAAAGGGCUAAUUCACAUUCACAAGAACCAAUACGUGCACUGCGAUUUGAAGCCGGAGAAUAUUUUGCUGGUGCCGAGGAAUUCGGCCAACGGUCGGCGCUGCGUGGCGAAGAUCGGCGAUUUGGGGCUGGCGAAGAGGACCAGCAAGACAAAGAAAGACCGUUACUUGAGAGGAACGGUGCCGUACAUGGCGCCGGAGACAUUGCUCUACAGCGUGCAAGAAUCGCCGAGUGAUAUUUGGGCGCUCGGCUGCGUCGUUCUGGAGAUGCUCACCGGAAACCGCCCCUGGAGCGGCGGCGGCGGCGGCGACGACACGGAGGAGAUUACGAGACGUUUUGGUGAGAAGUACGAGAUUCCGAUUAUUCCGGAGGGAGCGGUGCUGUCGGCGGAGGCGAGGGCGUUUUUGAAGGUGUGUUUUGUGAGGAAGCCGGAGUAUAGGUUCACGGCGGAGAUGCUGAUGUUGCUGCCGUUUUUGGCGGAGGACGAGGAGGAGGAAGAAGAAUCUGUGGUGGGUGCUCCAAGAUUUGUGGAGAAGGCUAGGAGGUCGAAGAGGCAAAGGAUUCCAAUUCAAGCUGUGUGA